ACUGACAUGAAUGAAAUGAACAAUGACAACGCGGCCCCAAUCUCGUAAUGGUUAGUAGGUGUCCAAAGAACUCAAAAGUUUCUAUCCACUUGUAUUCUUGAAUCAUCAACUUCGCUGGUGAUGCUCCUCGUACCCGCUUGCCGUGUCUUCGCGUUCUAUAUUUUUGUUUGUUUUGCGAUCGCCCAAGCACUGGAAUCGAAGAAAGACUUGUGGGUGGCUUUCCUGAGUAGUUACAUUCAUCUGACCCUGUGAGCAAUGGCGGAUGAAAUUCGAUUCUUCGAGCUGAAUACGGGGGCUAAAAUACCUUCUGUUGGUUUGGGUACUUGGCGUGCUGAACCCGGCGUCGUUGCUGAUGCCAUAGCCGCCGCCAUCAAGGUUGGAUAUCGGCAUAUAGAUUGUGCUCAAGCUUAUGGCAAUGAACAGGAGAUUGGUCAUGCCUUGAAGAGUCUUUUUGAUGAUGGUGUAGUUAAGCGAGAAAAUGUGUGGAUCACCUCCAAACUCUGGUGUACUGAUCACUUGUCAGAAGAUGUACCAAAAGCAUUGGAUAGAACUCUUCAGGAUUUGCAGCUGGAUUAUCUGGAUCUUUACCUUAUUCACUGGCCUGUCAGCAUGAGAAAAGGUUCUGUUGACGAUAAGCCUGAAAAUCUCACCCAACCUGAUAUACUGAGCACAUGGAGAGCAAUGGAAGCACUCUACAAUUCUGGCAAGGUUCGAUCUAUAGGAGUAAGCAACUUCUCUUCAAGGAAGCUUCAGGAUCUGUUGGAGGUGGCACAUGUUCCUCCUGCUGUUAACCAAGUGGAAUGCCAUCCUUCAUGGCAGCAGUUGAAGUUACACGCUUUCUGCAUAUCCAAGGGAGUGCAUUUAUCUGGUUAUUCACCACUGGGUAAAGGGUUUAAUAGGAGUGAGGUUCUUAAGAAUCAAGUUCUGCACAUGGUUGCGAAGAAAUUGGGGAAAACUCCAGCACAAGUGGCUCUUCGGUGGGGACUACAAAUGGGUCAUAGUGUACUGCCUAAGAGCACAAAUCAUGCCAGGAUCAAGGAAAACCUUGAUUUGUUUGACUGGUGUAUGCCUUCGGAAUUUCUUGCCAACUUCUCUGAGAUUAAGCAGGAGAAACUAGUUACAGGCGCCUCCUUUGUUCAUGAAACAUUUGGUGCCUACAGAACAAUUGAAGAACUCUGGGAUGGCGAAUAGUUGAAGAUACUUUCUCUGGAUACACUUUCUCCUGUUAUUACUGUCUAUUAGAUAUAACUGAAGUUACAGAAACCUGUAUUCCACGUGAUGAGACAAUGAGUGAAUCAACAUAUUCCGUGCUGUCAGAUUAACGGGGGGGGGAAAAACAAUUGGUAGCUUUAUAGUUCUUAAUGGCGGGGUGUAGCGCCAUAUGAAUGAGCCCGGGUGUUGGUGCAAGAUUGUGCUUCUCUAAUUUAUCAUUCUUAUUUUUUCCCCA